GCGACGCGGAGUGCAGGUUGGCGCGGUGGGGGAGGGUUAGGGUCAGGGUUAGGGCUCGCUCUCCAGUGGUCAGGGCUGCUGUCUGCGGCGGAGGGACCUGGGAGCAAGCUGCGACACCAGUGGUGGGAACCGACGAAGGGUGUUGCCAUGGUGAUGGCGGUGGAGGACAGCGUGGUGCAGGUGAUGGUGCGGCUCCGGCCCCCAACCCCUCGGGAGUUGGAGAGUCAGCAGCGGCCUGUGGUUCAGGUGGUGGGUGAGCAGGUGCUGGUGUUCGACCCUGAGGAGCCCGAUGGGUGCCUCCCGGGCCUGAAAUGGGGUGGCACCCAUGAUGGCCCCAAGAAGAAGGGCAAGGACCUGACAUUUGUCUUUGACCGAGUAUUUGGUGAGGCGGCUACCCAACAGGACGUGUUCCAACACACCACCCACAGUGUCCUAGACAGCUUCCUCCAGGGCUACAACUGCUCAGUGUUUGCCUAUGGGGCCACCGGGGCUGGAAAGACACACACCAUGCUGGGGAGAGAGGGGGAGCCGGGCAUCAUGUACCUGACCACCAUGGAGCUGUACCGGCGGCUCGAGGCGCGCCAGGAGGAGAAGCGAUUUGAGGUGCUCAUCAGCUACCAGGAGGUGUACAAUGAGCAGAUCCACGACCUCCUGGAGCCCAAGGGGCCCCUUGCCAUCCGUGAGGACCCUGACAAGGGGGUGGUGGUACAAGGACUUUCCUUCCACCAGCCAACCUCAGCUGAGCAGCUGCUGGAAAUGCUGACCAGGGGGAACCGUAACCGCACACAGCACCCCACUGAUGCCAAUGCUACUUCCUCCCGCUCCCAUGCCAUCUUCCAGGUCUUUGUGAAGCAGCAGGACCGGGUCCCAGGUCUGACCCAGGCUCUUCAGGUGGCCAAAAUGAGCCUGAUUGACCUGGCUGGUUCAGAGCGGGCGUCCAGCACCCACGCGAAGGGAGAGCGGCUACGGGAGGGUGCCAACAUCAACCGCUCGCUGCUGGCCCUCAUCAAUGUCCUUAAUGCCCUGGCCGACGCAAAGGGCCGCAAGUCCCAUGUGCCCUACCGGGAUAGCAAACUGACGCGUCUGCUCAAGGACUCCAUCGGGGGCAACUGCCGCACCGUGAUGAUCGCUGCCGUCAGCCCUUCCAGCCUGGCCUAUGAGGACACGUACAACACCCUCAAGUAUGCCGACCGGGCCAAGGAGAUCAAACUCUCGCUGAAGAGCAACGUGAUUAGCCUGGACUGUCACAUCAGCCAGUAUGCCACCAUCUGCCAGCAGCUCCAGGCUGAGGUGGCCACCCUGAGAGAGAAGCUCCGAGUGUAUGAGGUGGGAGCCCGGGCCCCACGACAGGACCUGCCCCAAUCUCCCACACUGGGUCCUCCACAACUCCCUCUUCCUAGCCAGCCCUGCACCCUGGAGCUCCACCCAGGGUCUGCAGCCCUUCAGGAGGAGAGCCUGGGGUCAGAGGCUGAGGAAGGGAGAGUCACAGAAGGGAACUCUUCAGACCAGCCGCAGUCCCCAGAGGACAAGGACGAAGGCCCAGCAGAGGAGGUGCCAAACCAGGCCCUCAGACGCCCACUGCUAGCGGCCCCCGGCCUGACCCUGCAGCCCAAGCCAGAUGUGGGAAGACCCUCACCACAGGCCCUGGGCAGGGACUGUUCCAAGCAGUUGGCCCUGAAGGUGCUGUGUGUGGCCCAGCGGCAGUACUCCCUGCUCCGCGCAGCCAACCUCCUGACCCCCGACAUGAUCACAGAGUUUGAGACUCUGGAGCAGCUGGUGCAAGAGGAGAAAGCUGAGCCUGGAGCAAAGGCCCCAGGCCCUCAUGGACCAGCCAGUGGGGCAUCUGUGGAGCUGUGUUCAGAGUCAAAGUCUCCAGGGUACUCUGGCCCUGUGACCCGGACCAUGGCAAGGCAACUGAGUGGCCUCACGCACACUCUGGGGGUACCACCUGGGCCUGACUGCACCCCGGUCCAGGCUUCCCGGCGGCCAGCAGAGAAGAGGAGGAGGAGGAGACCGAGCCCCUGGGAGCCAGGCAGCCCUCCACCCCCAAAACCAGGGACCAAGCGCCAGCGCCAGUCCUUCUUGCCCUGCCUGAGGAGGGGGUCCCUGCCUGAGGCUCAGCCUUCCUUCCGGCCUACCACCCCCAAAGGGGGAAGGGCCUCCUCCCCCUGCCACUCCCCUCGCUUUUGCCCAGCCACAGUUAUCAAAAGCCGGAUGCCCCUGGGCCCGUCUGCUGUGCAGAACUGCUCUACCCCACUGGCCCUGCCAACUCGGGGCCUCAACACCACCUUCGAUCUCUCUGAGGGGCCCCCCUCAAAGAUGGGUCUCCAUGAGUGCCUCGGCUGGGACAAUGUCCCCCAGGAGCUGACCAGGCUGGAUCAGCCCUUCAUCUCCAGUGGACCUGGGCCCCUGUUCACCAUGAAGGGCCCCAAGCCAACAUCUGCUUUCCCUGGGACCUCAGCCCGAAAGAAGAGGCGCAUCGUGAGUUCCUCAGUCCGCUCAUUGGGAGUCGCUGGGGGCCACAGCCGCAUCGCCCGCCUCCCCAGCAGCACCUUGAAGAAGCCAGCUGGGCCCCUUGCAAUCCCAGAGCCCCCUUCCAGUCCCCACUGUCCUGGCAACCAGAUGCACCGGAAGGAGCUGAUGGGGGUCGGGGGAGCACUGUCAGCUGGGAGCUGCACCGCCAAGGUGUCCUGACCGCUGCCCCUCUUGGGCCCCGGAGCCGCCUGCACCAGGAGCCCUGACCCAACUUCCUCAGCUCAGAGGAAUUCAUGGCAACACCCUCUCCCUUGUUAACAGUCCUCCCCAGCCGUUCAUUCUGCUACUCGCUCUCUAUCAAUCUCUUGAUAUGCUCAGCUUCUCAGCAUGUAUAUAUUCAUCUGUGAGUGCUAACAUGUUGCUAUUUUAAAGGAUGCCGCUAUCAUUCUCCCCUGGUUUAUAAUGGCCUCUGUGCGGACAGGUGGCUGUUUGGGACUUUGUUACCCACCCCGUGUCUAACACAAGGCGCCGCACAAUUACGGCUGCUGCACAGUGGAGGAGGAAUGAGGAUGGGAUGGGGACGUGAUGCGGGCCGCAGCUCUUCCUGACUGAGGCAUCUUCAGCUUCAUCCCCGCAGCCCCGAGCAGGAUCCAUGGUCCUAGUGCUGAUACAGAUGAUGGUGCCUGGAUUUCCAAAGGAGCCUAUUGUUUUUAACCUGCUGUAAACAGAAUACACACUCAGUGUAGAAGGAAGUGUAAAGAAGACAGGAAAAUUCAGCCUUAAUGCUACCACCUAGACCUGUUAAUACUAGGGUUCAUAUCCUCUGAGCCUUGAUUUCUGCAUAUACACACACACACACACACACACACUCACACACAUAUGUGUACAUGCAGAUACAGAUAUAUUUUUAUUAUAAUGAUUAAUAAACUAUCUCCAUACUUGGUGUGUGUUUCUCUCUGUACACCUAGGUAGCAAUUGCCUUCUCUUUCUCACCUUUCCACUUUUCAAGACCUCAAGAAACUUCCUGAGUGUAGAAAACAUUCUCCCCUGCCUCCUCCAGCAGGCAGGAGCCUAGACCCAAGGGUGAACCCUGCUCCUUACUCUGUCUGCAGCCCCAUCCUCCACCAGGAGCCUCUGAUCCUGAGCUGGCAAAACAGCAAUUAUACCCAGAGGCCUGUCCUAUCCUCCAAC